AUGUUGUUAUGCUCUGUCCUAGAAAUCAGCUCCAACAAGGCAUGUUGUGACCAGAAUGUCUACGACACGACUAGCUAUACCUGCUGCAAUCAGACACUUCAACCACUGACUUAUGGGAAGGAUGACAGCAAAUGCUGCGGUACCCAGAUUUACAACAAGACCUCAAAAACCUGUUGUAAUGACUUUCAGGUGGUGGACAAUGGGACGGACUGUUUAAUACAGUCUUGCAGCCUCAGAACGUGUUCUAAAAAUGGUCUGCGUGUCUGUUUUACAAGAGCACAUCAAGGGGACUGGUUGCAUGGCAACUGUUUUGACCCUAACAAACAAGUUUGCUGCAAAAGUUCACUUUUCAAUAAAGAUAGCGAUGACACAGAGUGCUGUGAAGGUGUUGGGAUCUACAACAAAAGCAGUCACUUCUGCUGCAACAACCAGAUUCUCAGUAAAGCAGACAACCCCAAUCUGGCAUGUUGCAAGGGCGAUGGCAUGGAAGCCGUUGAAGGAAAAGUCUACAACAAGUUGGAGAACAUCUGCUGUAACAAUGCUCUUCAACCUCUGACUUACGGCAUGGGGAAUACUGGUUGCUGUGGUGCUGCUACCUAUAACAUCCAGACCAGGCAAUGCUGUGGAGGACAAGUGCUUGGUCUGGACACACCUUGCUGUGGCAACGCAGUCCUGGGGGAUGGCCAAAUCUGCUGCGAUAACAAACCUACUCUAAAACGCCGCCCUGAUGAUGAUACUUGUUGUACAGGAUAUAGUAUAGGCCAAGUGACCACCUACAACAAGCACAGGGAGAAAGUGAUGACCAAACUCUAG